GAUCGUCUCACUUGGAACGAUGGGAGUCAUCUCGAAGGUGACGCUGGAGCUGGAGCCCAUGUUUAAGCGAUCGGUCACCAACGUGGGAACCUCCGACGUGGGCCUGGAAGACAAGAUCGUGGCGUUUGGGAACGAGCACGAAUUCGGCGACGUGAUCUGGUACCCGUCCAAGCGAGAGGCCGUCUACCGGAUCGACGAUCGCGUCCCUGUCGACAUACCCGGCGAUGGAGUCAAUGAUUUCAUCGGCUUCCAGCCCACAUUGGCGCCUGCCAUCGUCGCCCAAAGAGCUCUCGAGGAGACGCUGGAGGCGACGCGAUCCUCCAUUGGCAAGUGCAGCGCAUCACAGACACAAGUAUCGCUACUCCAAAGCCUGGGCUACGGCCUCAAGAACACACGUAGCCUAGGGCUCUUCACGGGCUACCCAGUGGUGGGAUUCCAGCACAAAAUCCAGACCGCCGGUGGCUGCCAAGAUUCCGCGUCGAGGCUGCUCAUCUGUGGCUGGGAUUCCGCCAGGAAUGCGCUCUUCUACCUCGAAUCAGGCAUCACAAUCCCAGCCCAGAGCAUCGCGGCCUUCAUCGCGGACGUGAAGCAUCUGAGAGAUUCCCACCCAGAUGCCGGGGCGUUGUGUGGGAUCGACCUCUACACCGGUGUCCUUUUGCGCUACGUGGCCGCAUCGCGGGCGUUGCUCGGCAAGCCAUUCGACGGGGUGGAUGUGGGGCUUACGUACUACCGGUCACGAAAUGGGAGUGUCCCGCGGCUCAACAUGGACGUGUGGCAAGAGGUGGAACAAAUGGCCAUUUCUAAGUACGGAGGCGUUCCUCACUGGGGGAAAAACACACCGGUCACCUUCUCGAAUCUUGGGACUGGCAGCUCUCCAGUGCUGGAGAGAUUUGUGGGAGCGAUGAGGAGGAUGGAUCCAGAUGGGCUCUUCUCCAGCACCUGGAGCGAUCGACUUCUUGGCAUCCAAGCUUUUGGAACUGUAAUGGCAGCUGGGUGUGCAUUAGAGGGUUUGUGCAUUUGCGCAAGGGAUGAGCAUUGCGCACCAGAAAAAAGUUAUUACUGUCGGCCAAGGAGAGUUUUCACAGCUGCUAUGGUGUGCAGAUAUGAAAAUGCUUGAUUACACCAAGGACUGAUCAAACAAAAGUAUAGCAAUUUUG